GCGCGCGGGGCCCGUAGGCGGCGCUGUGGGCGCGGCGCUGCCGCCGCCGCAGCAGUGCCCGGCCCGGCCGUGGGGUGGUGUCGGUGCCGCUCCGUGCUCCCCGUGCCGCUGCUCGGCCCCGGGGCUCCAACCCACCGGGUGGAGAUCUCACAGUGAAAAGCGCCCUCCAGGCCGGCUGUACGCUCUGCGUCUAUCUUAGCAAUAGAGGUAGCUCUCUGUGGGGCUGGCCGCGUUCUGCGCCUUGUCCUCGUACAUAAACAGCGUUUGGAGGAAAUGUAAAUGAAGUAAAUAACAGAGAAUCCUUUGCGUAUUUUACAAUUAAAGACAGACUUCCCCAGAUCCUCACAAGAGUUAUUGAUACUUUGCAUCGACAUAAAAAUGAGUUUUUUGAAGAACAUGGUGAGGAAUAAACAUACAGAAUAGGAACUUUUGUUCUCCACUUUUUCCAGAAGGGUGUUGAAGCAGAGAAGAGAGCUAUAUCUUUCCUCUCCAAACUGCGGAAUGAGCUGCAGACAGACAAGCCAGUGACCCCUUUGGAGGAUGAGUUGCCUGAUGCUGCGCUGUGGAACCAAUACUUGGACUACCAACGAAAUUUACCAAACGGAAAUGGAGAACCAAGCUGGUUUCAGUCCCCUUGGCUGUAUGUGGAGUGUUACAUGUAUCGAAGAAUCCAUGCAGCGUUAGCACAGAACCCACCUAUCAACAACUUUGAUGUAUUUAAGGAAGGAAAGGCACAAAAUUUCUUUGAAUCCCAAGAAGCUGUUAUUGCCUUAUGCACUUACUUUCAGGAACUUCUUAAGAACAUCAAGGAUCUAGAUGAAAAGCAACUUCAGGAGGAACUUCUUAAGCUAUUGCAGGUGUCAUUGUGGGGCAAUAAGUGUGACCUUUCUUUCUCAGCUGGUGAAGACAGCUCUCAGAAAUCCAGUCCCUUGCAAUCCCUGGAAAACAUGGUACCUUACAUCUUAGUGAAUGAUAUGGAAAAAGUUUGGUCUCUACUUGUAAAUGCCAAAAAAAAUAGAACAGAAAGAAGUAAUGUUAGAGUUGACAUAAUCCUGGAUAAUGCUGGAUUUGAACUUGUAAGCGAUCUCGUGUUGGCUGAUUUCUUGUUAUCGUCAAAGCUAGCUGAUGAAGUCUAUUUUCAUGGAAAAAGUAUUCCAUGGUAUGUAUCAGAUACCACAAAGCAUGAUUUUAACUGGACUAUUAAACAGCUGGGGUCAGCUAAUCAUAUGUGGAUGUCUAGAUGUGGGAUAAACUGGGAAGGCAAUUUGAAAAAGGGAGUUUGGGUUUUCCGUGACCACAUGUUUUGGACUUUACCACAUGAUUUUUCCAGUAUGAGUGAAGUUGCUCCUGACUUGUAUGCUGAGCUACAGAAGUCAAACUUGCUUCUUUUCAAAGGUGAUCUAAACUAUAGAAAAUUGACAGGAGAUAGAAAAUGGGAGUACAGUGUCCCGUUUCAUCAAGCCUUGAAUAAGUUUCAUCCUGCGCCUCUCUGUAGUUUGAGAACACUGAAAUCUGACACUCAGGUUGGCCUGAAACCUGGACAAGGUGAGCAAAUUCAGGCUUCUGAACCUGAGUGGAUGGUAAGUGGAAAAUACGGGGUAGUUCAGUUUGAUGCUGGUCUCUAGUUAAAUGAUUUGUAAUAUUGUGAAAGAGAGGUGAAGUCUGACUUUAAUUACUUUCUCUGUUCCAUGCUUGGCUUCAGUAAAGAUUCCUUUUUGUUUGUGCUUUUCCCUCUCAAGUGAUUUGUUGUUUUUGUCCUGCAAAAGACUUUAAUGUGCAAAAAUUUAUAAACUGUCUUUGUAUAUGUAAAUCAAUCUGCAUUUUAAUACCUUUUGUUUUCCUAAUGUCCAAUGUCAGCAGAUGUUUAAAAUGAAUAUUUAGGUGUCCAUAAUAUUUUUUCCUCAUCAGUGGGUAUGAUUUUAAUGAGUGAAAGCUUAACAAGUGAAAAAUUUGCUUCAGAAGCAAUUUCCCCAAUGCCACACUAGCAUGAGUUUAUUUAUUUCAGAGUAAUUUGUGCUGCAUGUAAUUCCAUGCAUUGCGUGGAAGUUAUUAUUUUAGAGAAUUCAGAAAUUAAUUACGGACAGAUUCUUUUGAUGUUUUGAGUAUAGUUUGCGUUACAUUAAGUGAUAAAUUAUUGGGUGACAGCUUGUAAAUAUUCAUGUAGAAAUGAAAAUUGAAUUUCAAUUUUAAAGCACAAUUUAAUGUUGCUAGCCAGUUUGCCUGUGGGAGAGUUGUCCCAUCCAGUAGGAAGAUUAGUGUAAGAAAGGACAAUCUCAUUUUAGGAAUACUGAAGAUACUGUUUAUUUACAAAGCUCUACCAAAAAAGAAGCACACAGAAAAGCCUCCUCAAACAAAAAAUUAGCAUAACCCAAGCAGUUACAUUAACUGGAUUUUAGAUUUAAUGCAGACUUGAUCUGCAGGUGGCCUGUCAGCAGUGUAUGUGAGGUUCAAGCACUGCUGCUUCCUUCUGUUGUGGUAAUUCUCUUUAUUUUUCAAAAGUAUUUUUUGGGGGGGUUUGUUUGGUUGGUUAUGUUUUAAGAAGGAUGCCUUAAUUUUCAGGGAGGACAUACAGCCCCAUUUGCACUGAGAAGUACAGGGUAGUGAAGCACAUGCCAUACAGGUUCCUGUUAACUGGAGUUGUUAGGUGCCCAUUUCUACCCUUCUGCCCUGGUCUCAAAACCUGCUGCUCGCUAUGUUCAUACAACAGAGAUCUGUACAGUGGAUAAAUAUGUUCCAAAUGCUGAUGACUUUGAUUAUUUGUGUUUAUUUUCUUCUUAAAUCUGAAAGGGUAUUUUAAGGUUCCAAGGUCAAUUACUCAAAAACAAAAAUGCAAGGAAUUUCAUGAGGCAGUUGGAGGGAGGGUUAUAAUUUUGAGGCCUGGGUUUACUGCUCUCAUCUCCUUUGUAUCUCUGACUUAGUACUCCUGCAGAGUGAAUUUAUCCUCAUCUUUAGGCAGCUGAUUGAACUGCAGACAUUAGAAAUCUAGUCAGGAAAGCUGAAGGUCAGACUGCUGAAGGUUUCUGUGACUGGAGAGAGCUCAGCCACACUCCAGCUUUAGUGCUUUGAUCAAAUAUGUAAACCACACGAUGAAUCUGUGCGCUGGUGCUUCAGUGUCUCAUCUUUCAAAAUACUGUUAACUUGUUUCAAGUGCAUUUUGAAACAACUUUGGGUCAAGAACUGAGAAAUGAAAGUUGUGGAAUAUGUGCAAUGAGAACAUCAUACCUUGUCCAGAGAGACAAAAUGAAUUGGGGUUGCAAUCUGCUUUGCCUGCACUCAGAUUGUUUGUAAGGUGCUGGCCUAAUUUUCUGGAGAUGUUUAAAAGUGUAUAAUGCACAAGAAGAGAGAGUCACUGUUGAGGCCACCCUUGACAAAUAGAUUUGCCUUGUACACAAUCCUUACACAUGCUGAAAAACUUGAUUUAGUUUUUUACUGGUUGUUAAUGUUUCCCUGUGCCCGGGUUGCUUUCAGGCUGUUACUUCUGGGAACUCACAAUGCAGAUCAGGGAAAAUAAAUAGUAUGAAGUUAUGAUAAAUACAGUCCUGCAAAAUACAAAACCAAUUAGGAGAUGCAGCCAUGUUAGCUCAGUAUUACUGAAUUAUGAAGAUUUCUACAAGACAUGUAAUUUCUAGCUUAGCAUAUGAAUGCUAAUAUAUGACAUGAUGUCAUGAUGAAAAGAAAUAAUUCUAUUCUCCAGUUGAUAAAAAGUGCACUUUCCAUCUUUUGCCCCUCACAAAGAGAAGUUUGUGUGGUGAUACACAGUGUGACUAUGUGGCUGUACAAGGAAUGCACAGCCAAAGCUUCCAAAUGCUUGACUUCUGUAGCUGUAAUUGCAAAGUGCAGUCUCUAGGCAGAACUGAAUAUGCGGUAUACUUAUAUGUUGGUUGGCUGUAUUUUUGUAAAAUUUUGAUUGAUUGUAUAAAAAAAAAGAAAAAAAUCCAGUGUUUCUGUAAAUGUAGUGUUACAGUCUCCCAUGACACAACAAAGCUGUGAAGACAUAUUCCAGUGAGGCACAGUGCUCUGUUCAUGGGUAUGCUACGGUGUACUUAAAAAUAGGAAAUGGUUUUGUAGCUACUCAGUGUUAAUUACUUUUUGUAAUACAGCUUCAUGAGAUGGCAGCAUGAACCUAUUGCGUUUAGGUGGAAUUUAAAAAAUAACCUGAAGCGUGUGUUAGAACAAUGGUAUGUGCUGUAAUAUAACAUUUUUUUUUUACUUGAGUAUUUAAGAAACUUCCUUCGAUACAUCUGUGUUACAACUGGUUGCCCAAAAUGCUUCUACAGUAUAACUCAGGAGCUACUGAUCUGUAUAUCCAAAUUUUUGAGAUUUUCAUUUCAUAUUCCAUUUGAAUACUUAUGGCAAAAGCUAAAGGCAUUUUCAGUAAUUUGGAGGACCACAACAAAAAAAGUUUUUUACUUUUUAUUUUUUUCUACCUUUUGAACUACUGUAUUUGUAAGUCAGUUUUUGAUGAUGACUUUCAUUGCUGAUGAAGUAGGAGGAAAGUAAUUUCACAGGCACAGUGAAAGGCAGUACACACAUCUGUCUCAAUAGUUGAUAAGUUAUCGUGUCAGAGAUCUACAAUAAUUUCUUAUGUAUAUAAGGUUUCUUAAAAUAAAUUGCUUGAUGUGGAAAAUAAGUUGAUUGUAUGACUAGAAGCUUGUAAGAACGUUGUUUUUUUUUUUUUUGAAACAGAUUUCAUGCAUAAACCUGUAAAACAUAUUUAUUCAAUGAGGUUUUGAAAGAUACAGAUGCAAGAGACAGGUAAUGUUCUUCUGUACAUAAACCAUAAAAUGUUCUUCUGUAACAAGGCAGGGCAAUAAUCAGGAAUUUUCUAAUUUUUACUCUACUUUUUCUCCUAUUAAAAUUUCAAAACCUUAAAAAUCAUUGAGAAUUUCUUAAAUGUAUCUGGUAAUUACUUACUAAGGUUGGUGCAGCUGAUGGUGUCAUUUCCAGAGUCACUUGUAGUACUGAUAAGUGCUCCAUGUGUUCUCAUCAAAAAUGGAAAUAUUUUGGUGUUGCUGUAACUAAAAUAUUUCCAAAACACUUUGGUUAACACACCUUGCUGAUAUCCCAUAAACCCUAACUGUUGUUGCUGAAAUAGUUUCUUUGAAGUUCAUGGUGUUAUUUGAAUUCAUGGUUAACAGCUUGUUCCAUGUGAACAUUUAUCUUCUGUGCUGUCAAACAGCAUAGGAAAAAGGUUUACUCUGUUGCAUGAAAAUUACUCUAUGAAAUGGUUUAAUCUAAAAACAAACCUUUAAUUGUGUCUAAAAUAAAAAUUCCGAAAUGGAAUCUUGUACAGAACUGUUGUUUUUUUUUCACUGAAGUUUGUUUGCUUACCAGCUUUCUGUUUACCCAAAAUUACAGAACAAAAGCUUGUAAUUAUUUUUAUUUAAGGCAAAAUGUAAGUUGAAUUUUACCUAACAUUUAUCAAAGGAUUUUAAAAUAAAACUGAGAAUGUGCUGGUUGAA